AUGACACUGAGUCCUUACGAUUUGAAGAGUAACUACGGAGAUGUCACUCCAAUCGACCAGGACGACGGACCCUCUCCGAUCGCUCCUAUAGCCUACUCGACUGAAUACUCGACGGCUAUGGCAUACUUUCGUGCACUGGUUCGAAAUAACGAAAAGAGUAAACGUGCACUGGAUUUAACGAGUGAUAUUAUUAAGCAUAACCCUGCACAUUACACAGUAUGGAAUUACCGACAGCAGAUUCUUUUUACAUUGGACGAGAAUUUGACAAAAGAGCUCGAAUUUGUCAAAGGGCUAGCGAGGGAUAACCCCAAAAAUUAUCAACUAUGGCACCAUCGUCAAGUGAUUGUUGAAAAGCUUUCAGAUAGUUCAAAGGAAUUAGAAUUUAUAAACGAAGUGUUAGACGACGAUGCGAAAAAUUAUCAUGCCUGGUCCUACAGGCAAUGGAUCAAUACUCAUUUCAACCUUUGGGACGAUGAAUUACCCUUCAUUGAUACAUUGCUGAAGGACGACGUUCGCAAUAAUUCGGCGUGGAAUCAUCGACAUUUUGUUGUAUUUCACGAUCUGGAUGCCAUCGACGAAAGUCUUAUUCAAUCUGAAAUCAAUUAUACCAAGGAGAAAAUAAGACAAACUCCAAAUAAUAUUAGCCCGUGGAACUAUCUGAGAGGUGUCCUGGAGAAAUCGUCUCGCGAUAUACAGGAACUCGAAUCUUUUUGUAAAGAAUUCACUGACAACGAUAUCAACUCUAUGGGCUGGCUUGUUGAUAUUUACGAGAAUCGCGCAAAGAAUGGUGAUGACCAAGCAAAAGAGGAUGCUAUUAAGAUCUGUGAAAGCCUAGCAAACAAAUAUGAUACGAUAAGAAAGGCGUACUGGGAAUAUCGUAAAGAUGAAAUCGCUGCUCCAUCAUCUUAA